GGGCCGUUGUUUCCCGGCCUCCCCAGCUCCGGAACUUCCGGCUGGCGCCGCCAUUUUGGCUUCCUGACCUUGGGCUCCGGCUGGUGGCUGUCUGCGGUGUACUCCGUACCAUCAUGUCCGUCCUGACACCGCUGCUGCUGCGGGGCCUGACAGGCUCGGCCCGGCGGCUUCCGGUGCCGCGCGCCCAGGUCCAUUCGAUGCCGCCGGAGCAGAAGCUUGGGGUCCUGGAAUUGGCCAUUGGGUUUACCUCCUGCCUGGUGACCUUUCUCCUGCCUGCAGGCUGGAUCCUGUCACACCUGGAUAGCUACAAGAAGCGGGGGUGAAGGGGGCCGUUCUGGCCCUCACACCGUGACCUGACCAGCCCCACCAGCCCAUCCUGGUCACGUUCCUGCAUUCCUGGCCGGCUUCCCCUGGAUCAUGUUGUUCAAUUCCAGUCACCUCUUAUGCAAUCAUGACCUCUCGAUGUCCCCAUGGUGACCUCCUGGGACCACAAAUACUGACCCUGCUUGGUGGGGUCCCUGUUGUAACAAUAAAAUCUAUUUAAACCUUA